AUGGACCAGCCAUCUGAGAAUAACGAACCAGAGCACAUCACGGAGACAAAUCUGGAAACAGAGCAGAAGACUGCCGCCGAGGCCGAGGCCCUAGAGUCAGAGAAACCCAAGAACGCGGAGCUCGAAAAUCUCAGAGCCGAAAAAGAAACGGCAAUCCGCCAAGCAUGCGACUUGCGUGAUAUUGAUGCAUUAGUCUCAUACGCUACCUCAGAAGGUGGCUUCCUCAAUGAUGAUGUCCGGCGAACAGCCUGGCCUAUUCUUCUACAGUGUGAUCGACGAGGACCCAGUUUCGAUUUCACGGGAUGGGAACAUCUACCUGCACAUAUUGACGAAGAACAAGUUCAGCUUGAUGUGAACAGGUCAUUUGUCUACUACCCUGAAUGCUCUGACCAGGAGCUCUCUAUCAAGAAGGAUGAGCUCUCCAAAUUGAUCAAGCAAGUCCUACGGUGCUUUCCCAUGCUCUGCUACUUUCAGGGCUACCAUGAUAUCGUUCAGGUCCUACUAUUAGUGCUCGGUGGACAAAAUAGCGCUGCUGCUGUGGCACAAAUAUCUCUUCUUCGGAUAAGAGAUUACAUGUUGCCGUCCCUUUCGCCAGCGCUGAAACAUCUAGAGCUGAUUCCUGCGAUCAUUGAAAAGGCUGACCCUGCAUUACGGCGUCACCUCGCCGAAAUCAAACCAUUCUUUGCACUCGCCGCAACUUUGACGAUGUACUCUCACGACAUCCAAGAAUAUAGCGACAUUGCACGCCUUUUCGAUUUCCUGCUGGCCCAGGAACCAGUAGUCUCCAUAUACCUCUUUGCGGCAAUUAUCCUCUCCCGCAAGAAAGAAUUGCUUGAAUUCUCAGUCGAUGAAACCGAUAUGCUGCAUUUUACCCUGUCCAAGCUCCCAAACCCCUUGGAUCUUGAGGGUUUGAUAUCCCUCGCGAUGCAGCUUUUCGAAGCUCACCCGCCGGAAAGUCUACCAUUUGGAGCCUGGAAGCGCAUUCCAGAGUGCAGUGUGCUGAAAUCUUCAAGGGAUCUCGUCAGGAUCCAAGGGCCCGAUGAAACAGUCGACCUCUUCGCGAAACAAGUACGGCAUCUACGUUGGGAGGAGCGGAAGGAGAAGACCAUUGCUUUCCUGUGGAAUCACAGACGGACAAUCGGCUCUGUGGCUGUGACAAUGUUCAUUGGUGCUAUGUCGUUCUGGAUCAAGAAGAGGGGGUUUGACAAUACGAUAUGGGCGUAUGUCAGUAGGUUCCAUGGGGCUCUGCAGGCCCGGGGCUAUCUUUAA